GGUUUGUUUUUUUUUUAUCGAGGAAUUGAAUUGUUUUAUCUCGUUAUGUCGAAUCGUCAUCCUUUAAAUUCGAGAAUUUCCUUCCAUUUUCUCGUUUGGUGGAUCCUGUUUGGUUGUUUUCCAGGAUUAAUUUCAUCGUUUGUGGUUACAUUGGAUUCAAUUGAAAUAUUCCGCACGCACGAUUGGAUUUCAAAACCGGCCGUCUAUUUCGCUUGUAAAGGAGAGAACAAAACGCUGUUACCCGAUGUAAAAAAACCCAGCGUCAUUUAUUCUUUCAGGGGUCAAGAAUCCUGGCAGCCAGUUACAGAAUUGGAUGCCAAGAAAUGCAAGCGAUGUGGUUUCUACGAGAAUUAUGUCAUCAAACUAGAUUAUAUAUGA